CAGCGGCAUUCACACUGGAACCAGGAACACCUUCACAUCCUGGCAGGCACCUGGGAGAGUAAACAAGGAGCAGCCAUGGACAAGAGCUACGUGGCCGUGUUCUUGCUGCUCGUUGUCAUCUCCUGCGCUCUGGCAAAGGAUGCAGGCAAGAAGGAUUCAAAGGACACUCCUGCUAAGCCAAAACUGCCUCAGACACUCUCCAGAGGCUGGGGAGACCAGCUCAUCUGGACGCAGACCUACGAGGAGGCGCUUUUCCGGGCCAAGCACAGCCAGAAACCCCUGAUGAUUAUCCACCACUUGGAAGACUGCCCACACAGCCAAGCCCUCAAGAAGGUCUUUGCUGAACACAAAGAUAUACAGAAACUGGCUGAAAAAUUCAUUCUCCUGAACCUUGUGUAUGAAACCACAGACAAGAACCUUGCACCUGAUGGCCAGUACGUCCCUCGGGUUUUGUUCAUAGAUCCUUCCCUGACUGUGAGAGCAGAUAUUACUGGAAGAUACUCAAACCGUCUCUAUGCAUAUGAGCCCUCUGACAUUUCAUUGUUGUACUCAAAUAUGCAGAAAGCACUGAAGCUCCUGAAGACUGAACUGUAAAGAGGAAGAAGAAAGGCCUUAAAUAUUAUGCAGUCUUAUCUUCCAUCUCUUCUCUGCACCUUGAUACUGGUGAAGAGACUAUUUAGAGUGAUAUUUAGUGAUGUGUAGUGAUGGUUUCAAUACAUAAACACUACAGUUUUACAUUAGCACUUUUGUACUGGGCAGCAUUUUUAAAAGCUGGAGGCUUUUAUUUUAAGGCGUACAGAAGAAUACUGUAUGAUUCAACUGUAAAAAUGAUUUUUUAAAAAAUAAAUUCAUUUCAAGUGUUUACAUACAAAA